GUUAGAGAAGUGCGGAUACAGUAUCAUGCAUUUCUUGAUAUAAUUCCAUUACGUAAAUAUUUAUCAUUUUGUUUUUACGCGAAAAUGUUUCAGACGUUUACAGUUAUGUGUUUCUUUCAAGUUGGAAUUAACUAGUCUCUAAGAGAAGCAUCUAAUUCGUUAAGUUAAGAAAGCGAUAGUUUGCCUAAAAGUAACCUGGAUUUACAUAAUUUCCUUUGUCAUCAUAUGGUUAAAAUAUUUGAUAAAAGAAAAAUGUAAACAAAUGAGUAAUGAAAAAUAUGGAAACACUAUGGCUAAUUAAAAUUUAAAUACUGAAUUUUAACUGAAUUUGUUUUGACAUUGGAUCAUUAAUAUGGUUUCAGUUGCUUUAUGUUUUCUUGAUUCUGUUGGUGUGAUUGAAUCUGUUAUAAGAUUAGCUCAUAUGUACGCAUUACUUUCGGAAAGUGCUCCAGACAAUGUGACUAAGAUUCCUACAACAACCGGACCGCUGAUUGGAGAGAGCAAAGAUAAAAUAACUGUAAGACAUUAUGCAAAACACGAGUUAUGCAAGAACUUUGACGGUAAAAAGUAUUUCUACAAAGCAAUGAAAACAAAGUUUUGUUCUUUGACAUCAACAUUUACAGCAAACCAUGUAUUUGAUUUAUGUAGGAAUCACGACUAUAUGCUCGUUAAAUGGGUAUCAGCACUUUUCGAUUUUGAUGGUGAUGGAUAUAUAACGCAUUUAGAAAGAACAUACUAUGAAUGACACAAAACAAUUAAGUCAAAGUGCAUAAGAUAAUUUAUUGUAUGCUUUGCUUGUUUCCGUGUUUGGAACGUAGUUACCUUUCAAAUCUCUUAGAAUUAGAUAAGAUUAACAGGGAGUGACACUGAAUCACCAUUAGCCAAACAUAAUUUGACUUUUUAUGAAAUAAAUCGAUUUUCUUGGUGCUAUGAUCAAGAUAAUUCCACUAAGUCAUUUCGUUAGUAUUGUUUUUAAAUUUUAUUUCAGUAUUAAGCAUAUUUUUCUGUGAUAUUGAUAUAGAUAUUUGAUUGUGAUGAGUUUCAAAAUAAUUACAAAAGCAUAAUUAAAAUAUUUAAUUUCCUUUCUUACUCAUAGGAGGACGUUAAUAUUAAGGGUGUUUUAAUUGAUUUCAAAUUAAUUCCUAUUUACACUAAUUCAAAGCUAUGUAACACCUUCAACACCAAACACAGCUAUGGAAACUGCUUAUUCAUUUUGUAGUGUGUUAUUUUUGGUGUAGAUGGGCUUGUCUUGGUAUAUUAAUACUCAUGAAUUAGAUAUUUUUGUGUGCUUGACAUUAUGUUGUAAAUGCAGGUAUUACUUGUCUAUAUAACAAUAUAAAUAAAGUGGGUUUUCAAAAUAUCAACGGCGUUAUUUACAGAGACCGACAUUUGUUUCGGCUAUAUAUAACUAGGACAUUCUAAAGAUCACGUAUUAGUCUUUUAUUACCUUAUUUUUCUUUACACUGUUAUGCUAUAAUUUUGAUAUUUCUGUUGUGAAUAACUGAUAUAUCCAUCAUGUCUU